AUGGAACGUUUUGAUGUCACUUUGUUAUUAAAAGUGUGGUUAAUUAGUAUAAUAACAGUAAAUUGUAAUGCUGCUACAACAAAAGAACUAUAUAAAAAUCAAAUACCUACGCAAGGAUUAUACAAUGCCAGUGAUAACGUAAUUGUUUUAAAUGUCACUAAUUUUAAGUCAUCUGUUUAUGAAGACACUAAAGGUUGGUUAGUCGAAUUUUAUAAUAGUUGGUGUGGCUUUUGUCUCCGAUUUGCACCAGUGUGGAAAGAUUUCGCUAAUAACAUUUAUGCAUGGAAAGAUAUUGUAGUAGUGGCUGCAAUAGAUUGUGCAGAUGAUGAUAAUAAUCCAAUUUGUCGUGAAUACGAAAUUAUGCAUUAUCCAAUGCUUAAAUACUUUUCUGUAAAUGCACACCCACCAUCAUUAGGUGUAUUGAUGGGCAAAUAUGAUAAUGUUAAUGAGCUUAGAUAUAACUUAAUUGCUUUAUUGGAAAGAGAACAGCAAGAAGGAAGGGGUACUUUAUGGCCUAAUAUCACACCAUAUAGAAAUUAUGAAACAACAAAUAUUUGGAAAGCUGUAUCAAAUACUGUAAAAUAUUUCUUUUUAUUAUUUGAAAAGACAGAUUCACAUUUAGGUGCAGAAGUUAUAUUAGAUAUGCAUAAGAUUACAACAUUACAAAUAAGAACAGUAUUGUCUGAUAAUGAAUUAUUAUGCGAGACAAAUAAAGUCACAAAUUUUCCUAGUUUGAUAGUUUUUAGUCGUAAUGAAACACAGAAAUUUCUUAAAAUUGGAAUACCAACAAGAGAAGGUGUCUACAAUACUAUUAAAGAUUUUAUGAUUUCAAAAGGUGAAACUAUUAAUGAACAAACUUCUGUAAAUGGUCAUUCAAUAGAAAUUGAAAAUCAUAAAUCAAAUACUGAAAAUUCAAAACAAUCUCAAGCAACAGAACAGUCAGAGAAUUUAGGGAUAACUGGUGAUCAUUUAUAUCAACUGGAUUUGGAAAAUGCUUUAAGAUAUUCAAUCAUUCAUGAAAUUCCAUUACAUAAAGUAAUAAAAGAUGAAAAAAUGGAUGCACUGAAGAAGUAUUUGAAUGUACUAGCUGAAUAUUUCCCUCUUAGAUAUGGUAAUAUUUUUCUAGAGACUAUUAGUGAUAUUAUUAAGAAAAGAAGUAAUAUAUCUGGAGAGGAAUUUAGUCAAAUAGUAAAAUCUAUGGAAGAAGAAAUGUCACCUAUAUAUUCUGGACCUUCAAAAUGGAUUGGAUGCAAAGGAAGUAAUGAGCAAUAUCGUGGAUAUCCCUGUGGUCUUUGGACAAUGUUUCAUAUGUUAACAGUUAAUUUUGCUAUUAGAAACAAGGAUGUUGAACAUGAACCAAGAAAAGUAUUAGAAGCCAUGCAUGGAUAUAUUCAACAUUUCUUUGGAUGUGCUGAUUGUUCUCAACAUUUUGUCCAAAUGGCUUCAAAAAAUAAAAUGUUUGAUAUAUCUAAUGCUAAUGAUAGUGUUUUGUGGUUGUGGUCAGCUCAUAAUGAAGUAAAUGCAAGAUUAUCAGGUGAUGAUACAGAAGAUCCAAAAUAUAAAAAAAUUCAGUACCCAGCAACUCAACAUUGUCCAAAUUGUAGAUAUGAAAAUGGUACUUGGAAUGAAGAAAAUGUUCUACAUUAUCUGAUCACAAAAUAUAAUUCUAAAGGAAUAAAUUAUUACGAUUCAAUUGACAAACGUAAGGAUAAUGUGAAUAAGAUGAAAAUAAGACAGGAAAGACUUGUAUUGAGUAAAUAUAUAAAUAACAAUAAAAAACUUGGAUGGGAUUUUACAAUUUUUGACAUAAGUAUUUGUGUUGUGUUGUAUGUUGUAUCUGGUAUCAUACUCACAUUAGUCUGUAUAAAAUUUGCAGUCAAAAGAACUUACAGAAAAAGAACGUAUAUUAGCUUAUUUCCAAAGUAUGAUUUUUAUUUUUGUUAA